GCGGGGACCGUGACGGCGGCGGCGGCGGCGGCGGCCGCGGGGGUCCGGAGCUGAGAGGCGCUGCCGCUCGGACCGGCGCGGUUAUAUUUCACACUAUGUGCUGACUGUAUUUACAGAAGAUAUUUAAAAAACAAACAAACUUUUUUUUUUUUGAAAGAAUUUGAUUCCAGUGGAAUCUGUGCUUUAGAUUUUUGUGUUGUGAAUUGUAAUUACUUAAGCAAUGCCUGUACAAGCUCCGCAAUGGACGGAUUUCCUCUCCUGCCCAAUUUGCACUCAGACAUUCGACGAAACGAUCCGAAAGCCCAUCAGCCUCGGCUGUGGCCACACUGUCUGCAAGAUGUGCCUGAACAAGCUUCACCGCAAGGCGUGCCCCUUUGACCAGACCACUAUCAACACCGACAUAGAGCUCCUGCCUGUGAACUCAGCCUUGCUGCAGUUAGUGGGUGCUCAGGUCCCUGAGCAGCAGCCCAUUACUUUGUGUAGUGGGGUAGAAGAUACAAAACAUUAUGAGGAAGCGAAGAAAUGUGUGGAGGAAUUGGCAUUGUAUUUGAAACCACUCAGCAGUGCGAGAGGAGUAGGCCUGAACAGCACCACUCAGAGUGUUCUGAGCCGCCCAAUGCAGAGGAAAUUGGUGACGUUAGUCCACUGCCAACUGGUGGAGGAAGAAGGUCGAAUUCGUGCCAUGAGGGCAGCUCGAUCUUUAGGGGAACGGACUGUCACAGAACUAAUCCUCCAGCACCAGAAUCCUCAACAACUUUCUUCGAAUCUUUGGGCAGCAGUCAGGGCCAGGGGCUGCCAGUUCCUUGGACCAGCAAUGCAGGAGGAAGCCCUGAAACUGGUGCUGUUGGCCUUAGAAGAUGGAUCUGCUUUGUCUCGAAAAGUCUUGGUUCUAUUUGUGGUGCAAAGAUUGGAGCCACGAUUUCCUCAAGCCUCAAAAACCAGCAUUGGACAUGUUGUUCAGCUAUUGUACAGAGCCUCCUGUUUCAAGGUGACAAAACGUGAUGAAGAUUCCUCCUUAAUGCAAUUGAAGGAGGAGUUUAGGACAUAUGAAGCGCUUCGUCGGGAACAUGACUCCCAGAUAGUUCAGAUUGCCAUGGAGGCAGGCUUGCGCAUUGCCCCAGACCAAUGGUCUUCUCUUCUUUAUGGAGACCAGUCACAUAAAUCUCACAUGCAGUCUAUUAUUGACAAGUUGCAGACCCCAGCCUCAUUUGCACAGAGUGUUCAGGAACUAACAAUUGCUCUUCAGAGGACUGGUGACCCUGCAAACCUGAAUCGCCUGCGACCCCAUCUGGAGCUAUUAGCAAAUAUUGACCCAAGUCCAGAUGCCCCUCCUCCAACCUGGGAACAGCUAGAAAAUGGGUUGGUUGCUGUGCGUACAGUGGUGCAUGGACUGGUUGAUUAUAUUCAGAAUCACAGCAAGAAAGGAACAGAUCAGCAGCAGCCUCCUCAGCACAGCAAGUAUAAAACUUACAUGUGCCGAGACAUGAAACAGAGAGGAGGGUGCCCCCGGGGGGCCAGCUGCACAUUUGCACACUCACAGGAUGAAUUGGAAAAAUUUCGUAAAAUGAACAAACGUCUGGUUCCCAGAAGACCCCUGAGUGCCUCCUUAGGCCAGCUCAAUGAGGUGGGCCUACCUUCAGCAGCUAUCCUUUCAGAAGAAGGGGCAGUGGACCUGCCCAGCAGAAAAGCUACUGCCCUGCCGAAUGGAAUUGUGUCAGCAGGGAAUGCAGUGACCCAGCUGAUCCCCCGAGGGACCGACUCCAGUUACGAUUCUGGCCUGAAGCCAGGAAAGAUUGACCACCUGAGCAGCAGUGCUCCUGGAUCCCCUCCUGACCUACUGGAACCUGGACCUAAGAACAUUUCUGCCUUACCUGUGACUCCCCACCCUGUACCUCCCAGGGGACCGACAGACCUGCCUUCCAUGCCGGUUACCAAACCUCUUCCUAUGGUACCACGAGGUUCCCAGCUAUACCCAGCACAGCAAGCAGACGUAUUUUAUCAGGAUCCUCGAGGGGCUGCUCCUCCUUUUGAGCCAGCACCAUAUCCACCAGGGAUGUACUAUCCUCCAACCCCACAAUGUGUCUCCCGCUUUGUCCGGCCUCCACCAUCUGCUCCUGAACCUGGCCCUCCAUACUUGGAUCAUUACCCACCCUACCUCCAGGAUCGUGUAGUAAACUCCCAGUAUGGGACUCAACCACAACAGUACCCACCUAUGUACCCACCACAUUAUGAUGGCCGUCGUGUAUACCCUACUCAGUCUUAUCCACGAGAGGAGAUUUUCCAAGAAAGCCCAGUACCCAUUGAGAUUCCACCUGCAACUGUUUCACCUUAUGUACCCGAGUCCAGAGAGAGAUACCAGCAAAUAGAGGGUUAUUAUCCAGUGGGUCCACAUCCAAGUCAGAUAAGACCUCCGUAUAUCAGAGAGCCUUAUAGCAGACUACCACCUCCUCUGCAGGCUCACCCUAGUCUAGAUGAGCUACAUCGGAGACGGAAGGAAAUCAUGGCCCAACUCGAAGAGAGAAAAGUCAUCUCCCCACCUCCUUUUGCACCUUCACCAACCUUGCCCCAUUCAUUCCAUCCAGAGGAAUAUUUGGAUGAUGACCUGAAAGUUGCUGGGAAAUAUAAAGGGAAUGAUUACAGCCAAUAUUCCCCUUGGUCAUGCGACACCAUCGGCUCCUACAUUGGGACCAAAGAUGCAAAACCCAAAGAUGCUGUUGUCCCUGGUGGUGUGGACAUGACGAAUGUGGAUAGUAAAAGUGUGAGAGACCAGAGGCUGGAGCUUCAGCGAAGAGUAGCAGAAACCAGUGAUGAUGACCUCAUCCCAUUUGGUGAUCGACCCACAGUGUCUCGGUUUGGUGCCAUAUCUCGAACUUCCAAAACCAUGUAUCAGGGUUCUGGCCCAAUGCAGGCUCUGGCAGCUCAGGGGGCUUCCACUAAAUCAAUCAGCAUUUCUGAUUACAGUCCAUAUGGAGCUCAUGGUGGCUGGGGAGGUUCUCCAUAUUCCCCUCACCAAACUAUGCCUUCUCAGGGACACUUCACUGAAAGGGAGAGAUUGUCCAUGUCAGAAGUGGCCAGCCAUGGGAAGCCUUUACCCUCCGCUGAGAGAGAACAGCUGAGACUGGAGCUGCAGCAGCUGAACCACCAAAUUAACCAGCACACCCAGCUUCGAGGACUUGAGGCUGUUAGUAACAGGCUGCUGUUGCAGAGGGAAACCAACACUCUGGCAGGCCAGCCCCCUCCCCAGCCUCCACCACCACCUCCCAAGUGGCCCGGAAUGGUGUCAAGUGAGCAGUUGAGCUUGGAGCUACACCAGGUGGAGAGGGAAAUUGGGAAGAGAACUCGGGAGCUGAGUCUGGAGAACCAAUCUUCUCUGGACAUGAAAAACAAAUUGGGUUCCAGUAAGCAAGCAGAAAAUGGACAGGCAGAACCACAAAACAAGGUACCCACUGAGGACCUUGCAUUGGCAUUCAGCAGUGAGGUGCCGAAUGGAUCAUCCUUAUCACAAGAGAACAUCAGCCUCCUGUCAAACAAGACAUCCUCUCUGACCCUGGCUGAGGAUCCUGAGGGAGGAGGAGAUAACAAUGACUCUCCGAGGACGGGAGUCACGCCCAGCUCUGCUCCCUAAAAAGAGAGAAGAGCCCCUUUCUUCCCACGUUCAGUUUGUGGAGAAGAGAAGGGCAGGAGUGGUGUUCAUAACUUCUAGAUCUUCUGCUCCAAGGGUGACAAGAGAAACCCAGGAACAGCAGCAGGCUCGAAGAUGAUGUGCACAAACACCACUACUGAAAACAAAACCUGCACAUAGUUCACAUUAAUGCGUUUUUUAAUUAAAAAAAUGAAAAUAAGCAGUAUCUGCAAGCAAUUCAGAUUAAAUUUGUUUUUGUUCUGUGAAUGAACUUUAUUUUAAUAACUUUGGACGCCUUGGAUCCAGGGCUUUAAAAAAAAAAAAAGAAGAAGAAGAUAUUAUAUAUAUACUCUGUUUGAUUAAUUGUAUGAUCUUAAUGAAGUAGGUUUUUCUUUUAUUUUGGUAUUAUUACAUACCCAGUGUAUACUUCUUACCCACACCCUUCUCUAACUUGCCCCUCUGUCUUCCCUUUCUUCCCCCUUCACCCUCCACUCCACCUACUUCCCCCAAACAAAAAUGCACCUGGAUUUCUUGUGUGAAUUUUUAAGGUGCUUCAGAAGUAAAAAAUCAGUUACUGACUGUAAUGUCAGAAAAUGUGCAGUAAACUUUUUUUUUAAACAAAACAAAUGUUUGUUUUAAUGGUGGUUAGUAAUACUUUUUUUUUUUUUUUGAAUCUGUAUUUAAAGCCAUUCAUGUAAGCAAGUCUUAGGUUUUUUUUUUUUUAAACCUUAGAAGGGAUCCAUCAUUAACAAAUUGAAUAGUUCCAUCAUUGUUAAUCACCAAUACCAACUUACUCCAUAAUAUAAUUAGAAUACUGAUUUGCCUUCUAAAACACUAAGCCAGGUUAUGAUAAAAGCCAUUUAUAGUUUAGCACUGAAAGCACAGAAUAUGCUUUUUCAGUUAACUAGGCUAGAGAUUCUUAUUGUAAAUGCUGAAAUAGUGGCUAAAUAUUUGAAGCUCUUGUUGGCUUCUAAACUCCAGUGGAAAUCAUAGUGUAUUCAGGAGCCACACAUCUUAAAGUGAUAGAAUGUGUAACUUCCAAUCUUAACUGAAACAAUUCAGUAACUACUUCCCUUUUAGGUGUCUUAUGUCCUGAGAACAUAGUACUACCUGAGACAUUGAAAGUGCUUUUAUUUUCAAGGACUAAAGAAAACAAACUGUCUGGCAUUUGAUGACAUUCUGAAUGAUUAAGCAUCUGUUCUUCUCUCUCUCCCCUCCCCCCCCAAAAAAAACCCCAGUUAUCAGAAAUAGGUAGUUAAUACUUGAAAAUCAGGGUUAGUGACUGACUCUUCACUGACCACAUUUUUUUUUAAAAUUAUACUUUACAAAGCCAUUGAAAGGAAUGAAGAAUUUUUCUUGCCAAAAUUUAAUUAUUGCUGCACAUAUUCUGAUAUUUUAUGUCUACCCUGAGCCGAAAGCCUCUAAAUCUGAUGUUUGGUGGGGAUAAAUUGAUGGAAGUCACCUUUUCUUCCUGCCUAUUGCCCUCUCUUGGCCUGAUUUGUUUCCUUUUCUGUAUUAGACUACUAAAUCAGAAAGCACUGGUUAUGUAAUAAGUUACUGCAUUGCUUUGGUUGGGUAAAAGCAAGAGUUAAUAUUUUUCUUGUUUAUUUUAUUUUUCUUAACCCUUAACUCCUGCUAAGGUCAUAGCAACCUUGGGCUAAGCUUUUUGUCCAUCAUACUGUUAAUUAAGGGGGGGUGGGAGGGGAAGGUGAUACAGUCCUGCCAUUGCCUACCAGUAGGAGAGUCCAAACAGAACACUCUUUUGAGUAGCAAUUAUUUAAUUUGCCCAGUCAAGGCACCGCAUUUAUAUACUAUUUCACAUUGAAUUUGAUUAUGCCCUACAGACCUGGCUGGUCAAGGAUUUGAUAUACACAUAUUGGCUUGGGAUUCGAGCUUUCUUUUUUAUUUAAAUAAAAAUUUAUAUAUAUAUUAUAUAUAUAUACACAUAUACAUAGUUAUAUCUGUAUAUAUAUUAAGUAUGUUUUAAGGAUUUUUUCGCAUGAGCGCAGCUGUUGCGAUCAAAUGUCCGAUUGGGAGGUAGAAGCACUGAACUUAAACAAAAACUAGACCUUUUUUUUCCAGUUAAUAGCCACAUUUUUCUUUUUACUCACUUAAAAAUUCUGAUUUUCUGACCUUUUGAACUUUGACUUCAGAGUAGUUAAGCCCCUAAAUGAUUCUUCUUUUAAUACCUAUUUUCCAUGGGGAGAAGAAAAAGCUUCUGUAUCCCUGAUGGAUUCUCAAGGUUUCAACACUUCAUUUUUCCAUACAUCCAAAAGGCAAUGUGUAGAACUUUCAUCAGAGAAUGAUUUGGACAAAUCCCUUUUUUCAUUUGGAUAUGUUAGACAAUUCUUUCAUUCGAGAGGCAAGAUGAUUAAUUUUAUAAGUUAUGGUGCAUUCCUAUGGUAAAAACAGCUCUGUAGAAGUUUUAGGGACCUUGAUUGUGUAGCAGCACAGAACAAAGGCAAAGAUCCAUAUGGAGGUUUCUUUGAGGGGAAAAAAUAGUGAUGUCUACUGCUAGUGCAGCCCUCACUAGCUUAUUUUUAUCUUUUUUCCUUCGAGACAUUCUUUAAAAUUUUAAAACAAAUUUUUAACAAUACAAAAGCAUUUUCCAACUAGAUUGAAUUUACAGUAUACAUCUAUGUGGGUAAACCAAAAAAAAUUUGUUUGAAUUUUGUAGCCACCUUGUUUUUAUUUUUAAAUAUGUAAUUUUGAAAAAAUAAUCUCUGAGUUAUUGCAUGUAUUUACUGCUUCUGAUUCCCUAUUUUCAUAUUUCAGAGAAAACUUUAGGUAGAUAGAUGAUCAUUAAAACGAUGCUUAUAACUUGUUUACUCCAAAUCUACUUUUUUCUCUGUGUACAGCAGCAAAACAAUAUCCAAAAUAUUGUAUAUGGUGGUUCUGUUGCCCUCCCACCCCCCCUUUGUAUUCAUGCUGCACUUUGUACAGUGUCCUUGUUGCAAGUAACUUGGCCAGGUGAUUGUCCUCUUUGGACAUAAUCUACUUGGUUCUCAAACUAGUUUUUGUUAAUAUCUGCAAAAGGCAUUGAUUUUUUUCGCCAUUACUUAGUUGGAUUAGUUUUAAAUUUCUGGUUGUCGUUUCCAUAUUUCCUUGGAGAAAGUUUGCAAGUGAAACCAGUCAGGUUAGAAAUAGAGUUUACAAAAUUUACACUUUUUUAGAAAAUUUAAAUUCUUCUGAAUACUACUUUAUAAUCUCUUCCCAUGAUUAAGCUUCCUGGGAAGUUGACAAACUCUGUAAAUACGAUUAUACCUCCACUGUAAGAACUGUUGAUUGACACCAUAGUUCCUUAGAAAAAAUGAUUUUUUUUUCUGAAUUAUUAUUUCUUUGAGCUAUCAAAAACAUUCAUUUCCUUUUUCUGUUUAUGCAGUCAGGUUAAUGAGAAGUUGGCUUACUCGUGUACCAGGAAAGUAAAAUUUAUGGCAUAAAACUUAAAGCAUGGCUUUUUUGCCCAACAGUUUUAGAAAAAGCUAGAGAGACAUAAUUAUAGGUGAGUGGUUUAAAGGCAAGAUUUUAAAAGCAUUGCACUAGGAUAAUUCUCUUUUUUAGCCAACAGAAUAAGGGCUUAGUUGUGUUAGGGGAUGUUAAACUAAGAAUGUUUCUUCAGAAUUUUUCAGUUUUCUGGAAGGUGAUUUUUAGAUCUGAUUGCCCUUAUUAAAUAUGCAAUUUACUUCAACAUUUUUAGAGUCAAUCCAUCACUUAUGAACAGUCUGUAGAUUUCCUUCCUUAUGUGCCUUUAAAGAAAAUGAAAUGAUGAAAUGUCUGAGUUCAUUCCUUAUGACCUUCCUGGUUAAAGGGAGAGCUUGUCCAAAGCCCACAUUAGAGAAGUGUUUGACAGAGACACAACCCUGCCUCUGAGGCCAGCCCUGGAUGAGAAACUGGAGAAUAGGGAAGCAGAGAUAUAUUUGACUUGAGUAUUGUGGGGGUGAUUCUUCUUCCUCACUUUAUCCAUCCUCUAUUCCUUACUUGGUAUUUUUCCACACUUCCUCAUUUCAUUUAUUUCCCAGAAGAAAGGAAUUGUAUAUGAUUCUCACUUGCCACUUUAUUAUUUAUUUAAAGCCCAUCACAUUACAGAAUAGGAAUUCUAAAAACAUCUCAAAUUUUGCAGCACUGUGCUUAAUAAUAACCCCCAAAAUAAUUCCUUAGCUACCUGGUUUCUUUUUGUCAAUUUUCCAUUCUGCUUAUAUCCUUGGCUCACCCACCACCCUCCCCAAUCGUGCAACAGUGACAGCUUGCUGCCUCAAAACAGAGCAUUCAAAUGAAUUCGCUUAGCCAAUAACUUCUGUGAAGUUGCCUUUUCUAAUGGUGUUAUUACUCAGUGAUGCACAAAUGUGGUAUUGCCCUACUGGUAGGCAAACAAAGGUCUGAUUAAGAAUGGUAGCCUGCUAUUUUCUUUAAAGGAGAGCCAAAGACUUGUGCUUUACUCUGUUUUGGUUUGGGGGAAUUAGUAGCCUUUUCUGAUUGUGAAACCAUUUAGAUUGUUUAUGAGUUCAUAAUACUGUGCGGACAGAUGUGUCUAAAGUUAACUGCUAAAGCCUUAUAAAGUAUAAAGAUAGUGAAAAGUCAUUUCUUUAAACUGAUUAGUCUCUUAGCUUUUACAAUAGUGUGUUUUAAGAAACUCAUUAUUGCUUUCAUAUACCUGUCAUACAUUUCUUUGUACUCUCUCAGCCUCUUUUAACUUUGUAUAUAAAGGGAAAAGAGGCUAAUAUCAUUGUAAUCAAGUCAUGGGACUCGACAAAUUAAUUAUUGAACAAAUCACUGAUUAGAAAUGGUAUUAAGAGACAUCCAGCCUAGUAAGCAAGGUAUAUUUGUGUUGCAUUUGGGAGAGUUUUUUACAAGAACAAGUGGAGUUGUUAAUAUGCCCAUAGGUCCUUUUUACCAAAGAGGAUACAGUUAACGUUACUGAUCCCCUACUAGUGAAGGAAGGAUCAUGUAGUUUUUGAAAAUAUAUUCUAAGGAAGUUAAUACUAUUUGUCACCUCUCCUCAUUUUUUCCUUUUUUUUUUUUUUCUUUAGGGAAUCCACAUAGAAAAUCUUUUAAAGCUCCACUGAAAAUUUUUUGUUGAAAGUGAGAGUACUGCAUCAGUAAUUUGAAUAUUCCCCACCUUAAAUCCUCCAACCUCUUUAUGUGUUACAGACAAUAAUUGCCCAGUCUAUCCCUAAGGUUUUUGUAGUGAGCUGUUGUCUCAGACUGUUUUUCCCAUUGAAAGAAGAAUCCAAGUGGCGGCAGUAUAUGUGGCCCACUUUUCCUCUUCCCCCAAACUUCUGUCCUUAAUCCACAAGGGUUUAUUGGUGCAGAACUGUCAGACUGAAGAACAAUGUAAGCAGAAUACCAGGGGUAUAAAACGGUGCCUCUUAUUAUAGCAUUACUUUGCUAUGAUAUCCAUCCUUAAUUUGCCUUCAUUCAUUUAUUCCUUCCUGCUCCUCUGACAUUACCUAAAUUAAAUUUCAGUAUGAUCAUUUUUGUGUCCCCAGAUAAUCUUGUAUUUAAAAAUAGAGCAGCUUUUGUUUUUGUUUUUGUUUUUGUUUUUUUAAUUCCAGCUUUGGUUGGUUGAAUACAUUCUGCUGAAAAGACUUUUAAGUUUGUAUUUUUUAGAUGUAUUGGAUUUAACAAAGUAUUCUUAAAACAGCUUUUAGUUACUUCAAAAACAUUUUUAAUGGGAAAUUUGCAUUUUUUAAAAAGAAAUAACAGUUAAGUUUGAAUACUUCAUCUUUUAGAUUUUAUGUGAUCAUUCAAAAGCAAAGAAAUUUGUCUAUUGGAUCAUUAGGAUCCAUAGUUGACUGUUACUAGUAAUGAAUGCUAAAUGCUACACUUAGACUGUUAUAUUCUUGUUUUGGUGAUAAAGAGUAAGGGAAAUAUCACUUAAAAUACCAGGAGUAAGAACUAUUUUCCCAUUAAGAGGAUUUUUGUGUACUAUACUGAGCAAAGUGAAUAACAGCCCUUUCAAAUUCUGUUUUGAAAAGAGACAAGGGAUAUGUAUAUGUGAUGUGUAUAUAUUAUUAAACUAAAUUUUUCUUGAACAGUUAUUUGAAUUUUAGCACAUUAUUAUCUGCCCUUGGAUUUUCAUUCAAAUAAUGAAUUUCUUCCAAACCAAAAGCCUCUGACAUACCCUUCCCUUCCUUCCUCAACUUCUCCCCUUUUUUGCCCCCCACCUCCCCCCCCCCACCCUCUGCUCCUUCCAUGCCCACAGCCAAAAAAAAAAAAAAAAAGGAAGAAGAUACUUACUAACAUUUUCUUUGGGCUAGAGGGGAGAGGCAAGGCUAUAUUUUACCAAAAAUAUCAGUUGUCCAGAAAUGAAUGCAUCAAAUGAAAAAGAUAAAUCUGUGGGAUAUUUGAUGUUUAUUAGAAAAUUUGAUGACUGAGUUCUUAUAUUGAGGUCUCAGUCCGGUUGGAGGGCAGGAGAGGGUAUCCCCCUUCUCAGCAGGCAAAGCUUAUAAGUCUUUGGCAUCCAAACAGUAUAAACUCAGUCAUCUUACAACUGGAAGCUGUCUUGUGGCCCUUCCUAAUUUUGUAUUCUUAAAAAAAAACUAUAGUGAGGCAUGAGUUUGUACCUGUAGCUAUCAGUAGUACCAUAGAUUGGCUUGAUCCCUCUGCUUUGAUUUGACUGUAAUUCAAAUAUUAUCCGGAACAGCUCCUUUAAAAUUCCUUUGUUUUCUGAUUUAAGUGGUUUUGAAUUUUCAUUUUAAUUUGUGCAUGCCAUAUAUUUUUUUUUAUGCUACUAAGGAACCUCCCAGGAAAAGACUACUCUUUUCCAAAAACAUUAUUGCCAACAUUUUUAAGCUGUUUUUCUCCCAUUCUGGUAACUGGAACUUAAAAUAUUCAAAAUUAUUUUUCUUUCUUUUUGUUAUUCAUUUUUCAGGUUUUAAUUUUGGAUAGUUCUGUUUUUUUCUUUUGGUUUAGUUUGAGUUUUUGAAGAUAAAGAGAGAAGAAAGAAAAAAGGGUUAAGAUGUCAUGGGAGAAAUUUUCUGAAUUCCCCAAGCAACUUUGUAGUUGUGAGGUUCCUUCAUAGUAUGUGUGGUUUCUUUCCUCCUUUUCCCUUUAUCUGUCUAUGGUUAUUUGGUCUUUAGGCUCAUACCAGUCUCCCGAGACAUUCUACAGUCAUUAUCACCUUUUUGGGUGGAAUUUAUUUUAUUUUUUAUGUUAUGGUUUAAAAAAAAAAAAAAGGAACUUUUUAACAUUGGUGCAUAUAUGCUUGGGUUAGAGCUCGUGUAAUUUACCAAUCGUAUUGAUUGUAUGUGAUUGUGCCCUGCAGAGGUAUAUUUAACAAAGCAAAAAUAAAUAGUCUAGGUUCAUAAAGGAGACCAUGAGAUUUGAGUCAGGUUAUAAGUGACUUCAAUUCUAUCUAAUCACUUAGCAAUUUGGAUAAGUGAACAUUCAUGUCUGCUGUUCUAAAUCAAUGUUAAAAUAUCAUUUGUUAAUUUUUGUUGUAACACGAUUUCUCCCUGCUCCUUAUUCCUAUGCCUCAAUUCCUUAUUCUCUUCCUAAAAUAUCUCUUUGAAAAAGAAAAAAAGUUUGCGCCUUAUAGCAGCAACUGAUUGAAAAAUUGCUAAAUUUUGAUUAUAUUUCUUUUCAUGUUUCAAACCCCCUUCACCCUCCCUCCCCCAAAUUAGUGUAACUGGAAUUUGUGAGUGAAAUUUGUAAUCUGUGAACCUUUCUUUAAAUCCAUUAAAAUGUGGGGAAACUGAAAUGUGAAAGUGAAUGUUAUGACUCUCCUUUUGGAAUAGGAUAAAGAAAAGUGCUAUUUAAAAUGGAUUUUUUUUCUCUUUCCUCUAUUCCAUUUAUGUCUACUUUUUGAAAAAGCCUUCUAAACAUUUUAGAAGGAAGAAACAGUAGUUAUGGCAGCAAGCAGCAACUAACUAUAGAUCUCAAAAAGUACCAUAUUUCAUUUGUUAGAAGUUUUUUCAAAGGUAUAGAGUCAAUUUUUUUUCCAAAUUUAUGUGAGGGGGAAAUUGUGUGCAUGUUGUUCAUAAAGAAAAUGCCACUCUUCUUCCUUCUCUCCAUUACCUUUAAAACUGACUCAGCCUCAUGUUGCUCCUACUAGUGUUUAAGGCUCCUAUAUGAGUUGCAGAUAAGAAAAUUUAUUUUAAGUAUAGAAGGGAGGUGAUUCACCUUUUGGUUUGUAAAUAUAUGAAAGUGUCUUCAAGAUCUUAUCUGCUUUCUGUCAGCAUUUAUAUUAAAUGAUAAAUUAAUGAAGAAA